GAAAUAAUGAACAAAACACGAUGUGUUGACAAGAGAUGAACGAGAAAGAUGUCGUGUCUUCGUUACAGAACUUAGUGGCCAUGGAAAUACGAUAUCCGAAUCAAUUCAUGCAUGUAUUUAGACAUCACCAGAGAAUUCACCAGGAUGCUGGACAGGUGCGAGAUGCCGAUGUAGAAGCAGGACAACCAAGAUAUGCCAACAUUAGUGUUGAUGGAGAUGUUCUCGGCUAUGCCCCGAAUGACAGAUUUAGUGUUGGAUUAUAUGUAGCAGGGGAACCUCUCACACCAGAAGAUUACUAUUUUGAGGUGGAAAUCCUUGACAUUGGCAAUCGAGGAACCAUAGGUGUGGGUUUGGUGCCCCAGAGAUACCCUCUUGAUGCCCAGCCUGGAUGGAGAGCAUUUUCUGUAGGAUUCCAUGCUGAUGAUGGGAAGCUUUACAAAGCUAACGGUUUUGGCAAACCCUUUGGCUCAAAGAGUCAAACUGGCGAUAGAAUAGGAUGUGGAAUCAAAUUUUCAGCCCCAGAGGAGGGGCCAGGGCAGUCGGUCAAGGUCUUCUUUACACACAAUGGGAAGGAGGUUGGCAUGACGAUGAUGCAAGCUCCGGCCCGAGGGUUGUAUCCUGCAGUAGGAAUGCACUCCUCUGGGGAAGAAGUGCGUCUCAACCUAGAGGCGGAAUGGCUGUAUGAGGACCUGGUGCUCAUGGCUGUCGACAAUGGGGAGGAGGACUGGUCUCGUCUCCAUGAUGUCAGGUUGAAUGGCACAACUUUAGAAUACAUGGGACGAGGGAAGAGCAUACAUGAUGUUGGUUUAGCUCAAGCCAGAUGGCCCCUCGACACAACAUAUCAUUAUUUUGAAAUUGAAAUAAUGGAUCCAGGUGAAAACUGCUACAUUGCAAUAGGAGUGGCUAGAAGAAAUUAUCCUCAUCACCGACACCCUGGAUGGAACAAAGGGUCCAUAGCAUACCAUGCAGACGAUGGUAAAAUAUUUGUGGGGUCUGGUGUUGGAGAUCCAUUUGGACCAAGGUGUCAUAAAGGUGAUGUCAUGGGUUGUGGUAUACUGUUUCCCCCGGACUAUGAUGGUGAAACAGACAGUGAUCUUUCUCCGGAUGACCCUGAUGUCCAUAAUGAUAUGAUCGAUGAUUUCAGUGAUGAUUCUGAUGAAGAUGAUAUUAUACCCGGUGGCAGAUAUUUAGAUCAGAAUGGUACCAAAGUAUGGAUAUUUUUCACAAGAAAUGGAAAAAUGAUUGGGAAAAAACAAGUACCUAUACCUAAAGGGGGUUUCUUCCCAACUGUGGGUAUGUUGAGUAGUUGUGAAAAAGUGAGAAUUGACCUUCGACCACUCACUGGUUGACGAUGGACCUGGGCCAGGACCUGUGACAGAUAGUAAUCUGGGAGUAAUUUGUGGUCCAUGGGACAUGUUAUGUAUUAAACAUGUGCUUGACUGUAUUUUGUGACUUGAGCCCCAAUAAUCCAUACAGGGAGUUACUAGUACUAAAAAGAAGAGACUCUUAAAUUGAGUGAUAAUUUAUCACCACAGAGAAGAGAUCCUUAAAAAGGGGGAUAAUUAUCACGCUUCUAAAGGAGCCAAAGAGAAGAGGUCCAUGAAAGAAGGGAUAAUUAUCAUGCUACUAAAGGAGCCAGAGAGAAGAGGUCUUUAAAGGGUUGUUAAUUAUGACACCAUGAAAAGAGGUCCUUAAUCAUCACCCUACUAAAGAAGAUGAACAACAAUCAAAUGUGCUUUAAACAUUAGAUUUGAUUUAAUUAUUGUGAUAAAAUUUUCCUUGUGCCCCUGUAUGGGGCCCCAUUUCAAAGAGACUGAAUGGACAGUAAGCUGAAGUCAGUCAAUAUGUACGGUAUACUGGUAUAUAUAUAUCUUGGGGCCACAUAGAGUGUUUUUCUGUUGAUUUGUUUAUGUUAAUAAUUCUGCUGUGUCUAUGUAGCUGGAACAUGCAAGUUUUCUUGUUUUGGUAAAAGAGAUAAAAAGUGUCAUUUGAAUUUCUGUAAUAUAUUGCUGUUAAUACUGGAAAUUCUUUUGAAAAUAGUCAUUUCACUUGGUUAUUACAGGAUCUCCCUCUAGUUGCAAAGCAAAUUAAAACAAGACGUAUAAUUCAGCUCCUCUAUGAUACACUACACUACAAGUGUAUUGUACAGGAACAGAAUAACGAGUCAAAUUUUAACUAGGUUGUGUUGUGACAGUGCGUCUUCCUCAGAGUCUCACUGUCAGUCCCCCCAACAGUGACAGAAUGUUACCUGUUACAGAUUCAUUCUCUAUCACCAUGGUUACUGGUGUGAAGCCAUGUUAUUGUGAUUGGUUAGACAGUUUAAUAGAUUCCAUGAAAUUGAUGUCAUUAAUUAUUAUUUCUUUUUUGCUAUGUAGUUAAUUAAGGAUUUUGAAAAAUAUAUUCUAGUUACCUGGUAAGUGUGAAUUGCAUUUUUUUGCUAUGAAAACAGCCAAAAUAUUGAAUUCACAUUUUACUUGAAGGAAAUUUUGCCAUUGAAAUAAUUUUUGAAACUGUUUGUGUGAAAAAUAUGUUUUUAUUUUAGAUGGUCCUAGUCUCUUAAGUGUAUUAUACCUAGGUACAAUGUAUCUGCUGUAUUCUCCACUACGAUAGUUACUCACUAAUCACUAUCAUGUUUUACUUAAAGUUUCAGGAUCAGAGUCAUCCUCAUAUGGUCUUUGUUUUUUUAAGGGAGCUUAUUAUGAACGGGUCUGCUCUGUAUCUGUAGUGCUAUGUGGAAUAUGUUGAAUGCUUUCACCCCAGGCAGGGAUUUCAAUAUACAUAUCUGUUUUUCAUGUAGCAAGGCUGUGUAGUGAAUUGAGUUAGUACUGUGUUGAGCUUUAUAGAUAAGAACUAUGUAUAUUAGAAGCUUUGAGAUGUUUUGUUGAUAUGUAAUGUUAAUAUUUCAGCUGUUAAAAUCUUGGAUUCACCAUACAGAUGUGUGAAGAAAAGAAAAACCACUAAAUCUGUUAGACAAUGCCGAGGAGGCUUUUCGUCUAACGAAUUGUACCGUUAAAAGUGCCUGUUAUUAUUGUUGUUGAUAGUGUGUAUGUUAACUCAUACAAAUUUUUUGAACAUGUUUGGCCGACUAAUGCAGGUCCAAACUUAAGGAAAUACAUUUAUGCAUGCCUAGACUUAAUCCCAUAUUCCUAGUUCAGACUUAAGUACACUGAUGCAUUCCAAGACUUAAUCAAAUAGUCUUGGUUCAAACUGAAGGUAGUAUACUGAUAUAUACCCACACUUAAUCCCAGACUUAAUCCAAUAGUCUUGGUUCAAACUGAAGGUAGUAUACUGAUGUAUACCCACACUUAAUCCAAUAGUCUUGGUUCAAACUGAAGGUAGUAUACUGAUGUAUACCCACACUUAAUCCCAGACUUAAUCCAAUAGUCUUGGUUCAAACUGAAGGUAGUAUACUGAUGUAUACCCACACUUAAUCCCAGACUUAAUCCAAUAGUCUUGGUUCAAACUGAAGGUAGUAUACUGAUAUAUACCCACACUUAAUCCCAGACUUAAUCCAAUAGUCUUGGUUCAAACUGAAGGUAGUAUACUGAUGUAUACCCACACUUAAUCCCAGACUUAAUCCAAUAGUCUUGGUUCAAACUGAAGGUAGUAUACUGAUGUAUACCCACACUUAAUCCCAGACUUAAUCCAAUAGUCUUGGUUCAAACUGAAGGUAGUAUACUGAUGUAUACCCACACUUAAUCCCAGACUUAAUCCAAUAGUCUUGGUUCAAACUGAAGGUAGUAUACUGAUGUAUACCCACACUUAAUCCCAGACUUAAUCCAAUAGUCUUGGUUCAAACUGAAGGUAGUAUACUGAUGUAUACCCACACUUAAUCCCAGACUUAAUCCAAUAGUCUUGGUUCAAACUGAAGGUAGUAUACUGAUAUAUACCCACACUUAAUCCCAGACUUAAUCCAAUAGUCUUGGUUCAAACUGAAGGUAGUAUACUGAUGUAUACCCACACUUAAUCCCAGACUUAAUCCAAUAGUCUUGGUUCAAACUGAAGGUAGUAUACUGAUGUAUACCCACACUUAAUCCCAGACUUAAUCCAAUAGUCUUGGUUCAAACUGAAAGAAAUACACUAAUGCAUGUUUAGACUUAAUUCCACAGUCCAGGUUCAGACUGAUGGAAAUACAGUGAUGCAUGCUUAGUUUCAAUGCUAUAGUCCUGUUUCAGACAGAAAGAAGUACACUGAUAUAUGUCUAGACUUAAUUCAAUAGUCCUAGUUCAGAUUUACAGACUCCAUUUCUCAGUGUUCUGGAUACUUGACUUAGUAUUAAGUGAGAUAUUGAGAUUUAGCUAGGUUAAAUUGCUUAAGGAAUGAAAGCACUGAUUAAUUUGGCUGAAUUGAAUAAGUUUCUGUUAUUUAUGAGCACACUGUUGUAAAUAUGUUGUCUAUGAAUUGUGGCCAUAUUGUUUAUAAAGUUGUUGAGGAGUUGCUUUUGGGACUUAUAUUACUGUGUGUGGGAGUUGUAUAACUGACACAUCCAUGGUAGCGACAUUGUGAUAUUAUUGGUAUUUAAUGUUGUAGUGUCCUUUUCGUUUAUCUCUUGUACAAUAGUUUCAUUUCAAUAUUUGUGUUAGACAAAGUCCUGAACUUUUGUUAAUGUUUCUUAAUUUUAUUGUGUUAGAGUCGGUGAGCUGUAACUAGAUGUUAAUCUUAUUGUAUUAGAAUUAGUGAGCUAUAAAUAGACAUUAUUUUUAUUGUGUUGGAGUCAAUGAGCUAAAAUUAGACAUUAAUUUUAUUGUGUUAUAUAUAGUCUGAACUAUUAGAUGUUAAUUUUAUUGUGUUAUAUAUGAUGGGAAAUCAGCUAUAGUGAGAUGCUUGCUUUAAAAGUGUUUUAUAAGAGUUAUAUAUCUGAUGCUGUUAUUGUAGGUAUAUACAAUGAAUAUAAUUAAAGUUAAAAAACUUCAGUAAUUUGGACACUAAUUUAAAUAUGCCAUACUCAUUGUUAAGCAUAUAACAAGCUGUCACUUACAGUUACUUUUAUUACACAAUGUGAGUAGCUUGACUUUUGUUACAACACCUACUUAGGUAAGGAGAUGGAUAUUGUUUAAUCAGUAAGUCAUAGAUAACCCUCAUGUACAAGAUAUUUCAUGAACAGCUUAACAAUGUUUCGCUUUACAUCUGUGCAGGGCAAUUCACUUCAUAGGUUGAAGUGAUAUUUGUUGAAAACGGUCUGUAAUUCCUGUCUAUCUUAUUUUGAGAUUUUUUCAUCAGAUUUUCAAACUCUCUAGAAGAGAUUUUUUUUAUUAUAAAUUUUUCAUAAAUUCUUGUUCUACAUUGCUGAUCUUCUCUCUCACGUGUUCUAUUUUUAUUCAUUUAUGUCGCAUGUUCAGUGAUUGGACCAAUUUCAGACAUCUUGUUUAAUUGCUGUAUAAUGUUAGUUAGGUUUUCAUGUUAGAUAUCAUAUGUACUUCAAAUGUUACUAAGCUCUCUACUAGAUUUAUAUCUUCUCAUACAUGUAUAUUCAAUGUGAUGCUGUGUUACUGUUGAGCUUUCUAACUUACAUGUACUCGCACAUCACUGUGAAAUAUUCAGCUUGAUGAUACAUCACAGCGGUUUGCUUUCUAGCUACUAGUAGUAUAUCUUAAGUGUACUCCUACAUAACUAAUAUUCAGCAAGACGAUUCACCACUUUGUAGUGACUAUUUCUUAAGUGUACAUCACAUUGUAAUAUUUAGAGAAAUGUGCCAUCACAGCGAUAAAAAGAUUUCUAGCUAAAUGAGUAGUAUAUAUUAUUUGUAUUUGCACUCUGCUGUGUAUUAUCAGUGAGAUGUGACAAAACAUUGGUAAGGAGCUUCUAAUAAAUUUGAUGUGUACCUCACUGGUUGCUGUGUAUUAUCAGCGAGAUGUGACAAAACAUUGGUAAGGAGCUUCUAAUAAAUUUGAUGUGUACGUCACUGGUUGCUGUGUAUUAUCAGUGAGAUGUGACUAAACAUUGGUAAGGAGCUUCUAGUAAAUUUGAUGUGUAGGUCACUGGUUGCUGUGUAUUAUCAGCGAGAUGUGACAAAACAUUGGUAAGAAGCUUCUAGUAAAUUUGAUGUGUACGUCACUGGUUGCUGUGUAUUAUCAGUGAGAUGUGACUAAACAUUGGUAAGGAGCUUCUAGUAAAUUUGAUGUGUAGGUCACUGGUUGCUGUGUAUUAUCAGCGAGAUGUGACAAAACAUUGGUAAGGAGCUUCUAGUAAAUUUGAUGUGUACCUCACUGGUUGCUGUGUUAUAUAUAUUGAUGAAUGUUUGUAUAAUUGUUGUUAACAUUGUUUGUUUUAUAUUGACCUGUGUGAUAUUUUUGAAUGAGAAAAGAAUGUUUAGCAGCUAGAAAUGGAUUUGAAAGGGUUAUUGAAAUGUUUCUAUUUUUGUUGCCAAUAACACACUAUUAAUUAACACAUUACCAGUACAAAUUUCCCAUUGCUUUGAAAGCUAGCAAUCCAAUAAAUUUAAUAUAUAACAA